AGUGAAAGAAUAAUUUGGAGAAAAGUGAAGUCACUUGACUUGAUUAAUUGAAAAACCUUGAGCGAGAAAGCUUAAUUACAUUUCUAUUGAUAAAUUACAGAAGAUAAAUUAUAAAAUAUUUCAUCAUGCAACUUUCGGAUAUCUCCAAAUCUCUUAUAAAAUAUUGCCUGUUUCUUUUCAAUCUUUUAUUUUUGAUUUCUGGCUUGGGAUUAUUAAUAGCCGGAAUCGUCGUUCUUAAUGAUGUUGAGGACUUCAAUCAUUUUCUUGAUGGUCGUAUAACAGCACCGCCAAUUCUUUUGAUCAUUACUGGAUGUCUAAUUUUCUUGAUUGCUUUCCUCGGCUGUUAUGGAGCUUUGAAGGAGUCGCCAUCGUUGUUGAUGACUUUUGCUGUUUUGUUGGGAAUAAUUUUCAUCAUUGAGAUUGCAGUUGGAAUUGCUGCCAUCACUUUCAAGAAUGAUUUACGUGAUAUACUCAACAACCAACUGCAAAAAUCUAUGAGUCGUCAAAGCAAGGAGGAUAUGAUGGCAUGGGACACUAUUCAGAGGAAAAUGAUGUGUUGUGGCAUCGAUGGACCGAGAAAUUGGUUUGAUAUCAACAACGGUAACGCAUCAGCCAUUCCGCCAAGUUGUUGUCGGCCACAAUAUAUUGACCGAGAUACAAUGAAUUGCCUGAAUGCAGCCCCAUUGUACAUGGAUCGAAUGUAUCAGGAUGGUUGCGUAGCAAAAGUUCAUGAUCGUGUCGCUUCUAACGCAAAGAUUUUGAUUGGCGUUGGUAUAGGUAUUGCAUUCAUUCAAAUCAUGGGAAUUGCUUUGGCUUGUUGGUUGGCAUCGGCUAUAAAGAAAGAAACUUAAUUUGAAUAAUUAUGAAAAAAGUAUAAAAGUUUUCCAACACACUUCAAAUUAAAGAAAGUAAAAAUUAAAUUUUAUGUUUAAAAGAAUUAAAAAAGAAACUGAACCUCAUUAAGAUAUUUAAUUAUUAAACUGAAAAUUGAACCAAUUACUCUUAUUAACCUAAUUGGAAUUUGUCAUGUUGUUCAUUUUCUAAACAUGAUUUUGCUGCUCAUGAAUUAACAUUGACAAUUACUUUGUAGUCUAUGACGCUUCGACAUAAUGUAAUCAAAUCAAAUCAUAAUUAUUUAUAUUGAGAAUGGGAAACUCUGGAAAAGCUUUGGUCGGUUCAGUAAAUGUCAACAUUUAAGUAUUAUAAGAAUGAGUUUUGUUAUUUGAAGGUGAUUCGAGAGUUUUUGAAUAUUGUCACGGUUGGUGAAAGAUACAAAAAAUGUAAUAAAAGCAACAU